CUCCGUGCUGGGUCGAAGGCGCACACUCCCCUCUUAGACCGCUGGCUGGGACCUAGAAAUGUUUCCGCUUUCCUCAGGGCCUGCCCCGCCCAGGCCCCGCCCCUCGGGCCCCGCCCGGCGACUCGGGAGCGCGCGCGGGCGCGUACGGGAGGGGGCGGGUGGGGAAGGAUCGCCGGCGAGAUUACCAGGCGAGGCUCGUGCGCCCGCCCCCGCCCUGGCCCCCAGUGCCCACCCGGUCGGCCCGGCACAGCCAUGAUCAAGGCGAUCCUAAUCUUCAACAACCACGGGAAGCCGCGGCUCUCCAAGUUCUACCAACCCUACAGUGAAGAUACACAACAGCAAAUCAUCAGGGAGACUUUCCAUUUGGUAUCUAAAAGAGAUGAAAAUGUUUGUAAUUUCCUAGAAGGAGGAUUAUUAAUUGGAGGAUCUGACAACAAACUGAUUUAUAGACAUUACGCAACGUUAUAUUUUGUCUUCUGUGUGGAUUCCUCAGAAAGUGAACUUGGCAUUUUAGAUCUAAUUCAAGUAUUUGUGGAAACAUUAGACAAAUGUUUUGAAAAUGUCUGUGAACUGGAUUUGAUUUUCCAUGUAGACAAGGUUCACAAUAUUCUUGCAGAAAUGGUGAUGGGGGGAAUGGUAUUGGAGACAAACAUGAAUGAGAUUGUUACACAGAUUGAUGCACAAAAUAAGCUGGAAAAAUCUGAGGCUGGCUUAGCGGGAGCUCCAGCCCGUGCUGUAUCAGCUGUAAAGAAUAUGAAUCUUCCUGAGAUCCCAAGAAAUAUUAACAUUGGUGACAUCAGUAUAAAAGUGCCAAACCUGCCCUCUUUUAAAUAAAAAUGUAAAAAGGCCACUCCCAGGUAAAAUCCAGGGGGAAGAGUCAUCUAAGUUUACCAUGCAGUUGUUUACCAAAAAUAGAGGAGGAGAGUCUUAACUUUUGCUCUUGGAUUUAAGUCAAGGUACUGUAUAGAAGUUGUGUAAAAUCAGUAUGAAAGUUCAAUGUUGCUUUUCUUGCUCAGUGAUUUUAAAGAAAUUGAGUAGUUCCUAUGUGAUUUUUUUUUCUUUUCUAAACUGCAUUCCUGUGCCCACCCACGGCAUGCCUCUAUGUAUUAGCUACUACAGUGUUUUAAAACGUAUUUCAGAUAUUUCUUUAAUUAUGUACAACCUAAAAUGUUGGUGUUUUGUAUGGAUCACAAGUGCAGCAUUCCUUAAUUCCUUCUGCUAUUUGUCACACAAUUGUUAUUUAAAGAACCAAGUAUGUAUUGCAUGAAAACAUUAUGACUUUUUUCUCUUAGUUUAAAUAAACUCCAAGGUAACUGGACUUCUAAAGCACCUUUCUGUUUUUGCCUGAUAUCUACUUUAGCAAUAAUUUUUUUACAACUCUCUGACUCAACAAAGUAAAUAAAAGUAUAUUUUAUCACUAUUAA